AUGGCACGAGCAGGAAUGUUGCAGCAACUUCUUCGGGGAAGACGCCAAUGGUUGCUCGCGCCCAAAGUACCGAUGCAACCACUGUCAUCAUCGUCGUCGUCGAAAGGAAUAGCCCCUCAAUUGAACAUCAACCUGGCUUUGAUCAAGAAAGAAGAGAUGGGAUACUUCAAUGAUAUAGUGAAGCAUCCUGUCACCACACUCCAAGGAAUUGGCCCCAAGCAUUCAGAACAAUUGGCAAAUUUGGGUAUUAAAUCUAUUCAACAACUCGCUGACUACAAGUUCUAUCUCUUGGCCAAGUCCAUCAAGACUUUGUCACAAGUUGAAGAAGAGAACAACCGGUUGGAAGGGGCGGUUAUGAACUUGGACAAGGGAGUCGAUAAGCAAUUUGAGCACUAUUGCCUUGCCGAACUCGUUCGUCAACCGGUUCACGCCCUCCAGGGAAUUUCUCCUACAGGAGCCGAAACAUUUCAGACCUUGGGUGUCAAAACUAUUGAAGACUUGGCUGAAUUCAAGUAUUGCAAAUGGGCUGAAGCCAUUGUGGUUGCUGCCAAGUUUGAAGACAUGAAAAAAGAAUCGUAG